GUCCCAGUUGAAGAACGAUGUCAGUUUUUGAUUGUAGUUGAUAAGGAACGGACCGUUUGGUAUAUUCUAGCUCUUGCGGUACCGAAAAAAGUGUAAACCAACAUGCGUUCGUUAUUAGUUUUCCUUGCAACUUUUACUGUUUUUCUGAGUAAAACUUUAAGCAUAAAUGUGCAAGGGCCGUGUCGUGAUCUACCGGUGGAGAAUCAGUUCAACAUUACUCAGUACAUGGGAACCUGGUACGAGAUCAAGCGAUACGAAAAUGAAUUCCAACCGAACGGGGAUUGUGUGACCGCACAGUAUACACUCAAUACAACUAAUAUGGAAGUGACCGUUGAAAACACUAUGAAGAAACUUCCGGACCAGAAGCCAUCGGUGGCACGAGGUCGAGCGGUUCUCGCCAAUCCCACCAGUGCUGAAGCCAAACUGUUGGUUCGAUUCGAAAGCACUCCGGAAACCGUGCCGAGCUCCAUCUACUGGGUGCUGAAAACUGACUAUCAGAAGUACGCUGUCGUUUGGUCCUGCCAUGCGGCUGGAGAAAAUUCAACCGAAUCAGCAUGGAUUCUUUCGCGGAGUCCCGUGAUGGAACAGGCGUCGGAACUUGUCGUGGAAAAUCUUAUCAAACAACACCUGAAGCCGGAAUCUUUCCGGAACACUAAACAGGGUGACGAAUUUUGCAGCGGGGCUACGGCGGCUAAAAUAUCUAGCGUAUUGUUGUUCUUGUUUGUGCUCCUUAUUUGCAAAAAAUAUUAAGAUUCGUUUGGGCAAUAAUAGGUGUGUAAAUAAAACUAUUUCUUCUUGUACGUA